GGCGGCCGGCGGGCCGGAAGUGGGCCAGGGACGCCCCGAGCGCCGUGGGGCGAAAUGAAACCUGCGGUGGACGAGAUGUUCCCCGAGGGCGCCGGGCCCUACGUGGACCUGGACGAGGCCGGAGGCAGCACGGGGCUCCUGAUGGACUUGGCAGCCAACGAGAAGGCGGUCCACGCAGACUUCUUCAACGACUUUGAAGACCUGUUUGAUGACGACGACAUCCAGUGACGCGUGGUGGCGGCCCGGCCUGUGCGCCGUGGCGUGUGGCACGCGGCGCAGCCCCCGGGACGGCCGCGGCGGGAGGACCUGCGGGACUCUGGGCCGGAGCGGCGGCCGCCGAGGGGGACGGCGCCAGCCGCACGGGUGAGGCCCACUCCUCUCCGAGCGUGGCUGCCGCUGCCUCCACUGCGAUUAAAGGAGACGAUGCCGUCA